AUGAGCGACGUGGACCCAUCAAAUACAACACUCUCGGAAUUGGCACUGUUUCAACUCAGACCAAAUUUCAGGCACAAAUUUAAAUCAUCGGAGGUGAAGGAAAUUAUUAAGGAAGUUGUUACCAAUCGAUUAAAAGGAAAAGAUUAUCAAAUGGAGCAAGUUCAACAAUGGAUCAAAGAUAUUUGCAAUGAAAUCCGAGACAAAUGUAUGGAACUUAAAUAUGAGAGGUAUAAAUUUAUUGUGAAUGUUAUGAUCGGAGAACAACGAGGGGAGGGAGUCAAAAUGGGAUGUCGAUGUUUUUGGGACGAAGAUUGUGAUUCUUACGCCACACAUACCUUUAUGAACCAUUCACUAUUUUGCAGUGUAACAGCCUUUGGUAUUUAUAAUUAUUAA